AUGCUCUUAAGAUGAAUACACUUAUCACUUAUGUCCUCAUUAAAGAAUAUCCUUUAUUGCCAAGCUGGAUUUGGAAUUCUAGCCAACAUUUUUCUCCUUUGUGUCUAUACUUUCAUAAUCCUAGGUCAAAGACUGAAGCCCAUGGAUCUGAUCUCCUGCCAACUGACCUUUGUUCACAUAAUGUUUUUGCUCACUGGAGGGGAUAAUUGGCUUACAGACAUAUUUGAUUCACUGAGCAUUGAGAAUGACUUCAAGUGUAAGACAAUUUUUUACACAAGUAGGGUGAUGAGAGGCCUCUCUAUCUGCAUCACCUGCCUCCUGAGUAUCUUCCAGGCUGUCACUAUCAGUCCCCAUACCUCGCUGUUGGCAAAAUUUAAACAGAAAAUAAAAAUAUAUAUGAUAUAUGCUUUUUUCUGUAUUUGGUUUUUCAAUUUGUUGAUCAAUAGUCACAUGAUCUUCUAUGUUGGUGGUUUUACCAAUAUUAGUGAGACCAACCAGAUGAAAGUCACUAAAUCCUGCUCACUAUUCCCCAUGAGCUACACAAUCAGGGGUUUGAUUCUGACAGUGACAACCUCCAGAGAUGUAUUUCUUGUAGUAGUCAUGCUGAUCACAAAUGCAUAUAUGGUGAUAAUCUUGUUCAGACAUCAGAGGCAAUACAAGCAUCUUCAUAGCAUCAGCCACCUGAGAGCAUCCCCUGAGAAAAGGGCCACUCAGACCAUCUUGCUGCUGGUGGGCUUUUUUGUGGUCAUGUACUGGGUGGACUUCAUCAUCUCAUCCACCUCACUCUUCUUAUGGAUGCAUGACUCAGUGAUCCUGACUGUUCAGAAGUUUGUAAUGAAUGCCUACCCCACAAUUACUCCUUUGAUACAAAUCAGUUCUGAUAAGAGAAUAAUCAGUGUAUUGAAAAACUUGCAGGCAAAGAUUUCCUAA